AGGUAUCUAUUACCUUGUGGAAACAUGAAUCAUUAUUGUCAUAUCUACAAAACAAAAUUACCAACUUGCAGAUAUGAUAAUUCUAAGGAAUAACAUCAAUGAUUUAAUGAAGUAAAACCUGGAGUUUUAACUUUUAUAUUUUUGGUUUAUGGAUUUCUAAGAGGUGCCAACCGCUUCUUGAGCUCAUCAACACCUGAGCUGUAUUACGGAAUACUUAUCAUACAUUCUUUAACUUUUGCAGCACCUUGUAACCCUGACAAUCAAACGAAGGCUUGCAGGGAGAUGGCUCAUCAGCAACAUAAGCAAUAAGAGAUUCAUCAGAGUUCCAAGAGAUUCCCUAGAACAUAUACCAUUAAGAAAGAUUUCAACUUUGCUAAGUUUGCUGGGAUAAUAGCUACCGAUAAAGUUAUUUAUAACAAUCCUGUAGCAGCUGCAAAUGCUACUACAACCAGGCAAUGAUGCUCUUAUAAGCAGUUCUAGAGUUUCUACCAUAUUUACAUUGAUGAAGAGAGAAGAAAUUUACCAGCCAUCAGCAUACACUGAGCCAUCAGCGGAUUGGGGAAUCCGGAACUCCUCCAACGGAGAUGAACUCCAUAUUUCAAAUUGUGUGGGAGAUUCAUUUUCAGGAUUUCUAAUCACAAGAAGCUUGGAACCUGAUGGUAAAGGAGCAGUUAUAUACACUCCUGUCAUCUCAACAGGAAAUGGUGCCCAUUGGAAGUUUACAUUAUUGUUACUUUCUUUCGAAAUACUAGUUGACAACAUAAACUUUCUUUUCUUGUUUGCCAAAAUAUUCGGUUGGCUAAUUGAAAAUAUUGCUUGGGAGCCUAUUCCUGCAGCAAAAAGUUUCAAAAAACAGCAUCGGGAUCUGCGAUAGCAUUUUGGUUUUAAAUAAAAAGAGGAACAUAAAAGAGAAAGAUGAAGAAA